UAUCAUUACCACUAUUCUCUUGUCUCUCCAAACUGGCUAAUACAAAAUAGUAAGGGAGACAAAAGAAUAAGUGCAGCAACAUGGCAGGGGGAGCAUUUGUUGAUGCAGCAUCUCAAAAAAGGGCUCAUCUUUAUGAGUACAAAAUAACUGGGUACUUCAUCUUUUCCUGCAUUGUUGGAGCUCUUGGUGGCUCUCUCUUUGGAUAUGACCUUGGUGUUUCAGGUGGAGUUACUUCCAUGGAUGACUUCCUGAUCGAAUUUUUCCCCAAUGUGUAUGAGAGGAAGCAUGCACAUCUGCAGGAGACAGAUUAUUGUAAAUAUGAUGAUCAGAUGUUGACGCUCUUCACUUCUUCUCUGUACUUUGCUGCUUUGGUCUCCACAUUUGGUGCUUCCACUGUAACAAAAAACAAAGGAAGGAGGGCCAGUAUCAUUUGUGGUUCCAUAAGCUUCUUCGUAGGAGCUAUCCUAAAUGCUGCUGCUAUGAACCUUACAAUGUUGAUCUUUGGCCGUAUCCUUCUUGGUGUUGGCAUUGGUUUCGGUAACCAAGCUGUCCCGUUGUACCUGUCAGAAAUGGCUCCAGCAAAAGUAAGAGGAGCAGUGAACCAGCUUUUUCAAUUGACAACUUGCUUGGGAAUUUUGAUUGCUAACCUUGUGAACUAUGCCACUGAGCAACUUCAUCCAUGGGGGUGGAGAUUAUCCCUUGGUUUGGCUACAGUUCCAGCAACUGUUAUGUUUAUUGGUGGUUUGUUGUGUCCUGAGACACCCAACAGUCUUGUGGAACAAGGAAGAUUAGAAGAAGCAAGACAAGUGUUGGAGAGAGUGAGAGGUACCCCCAAUGUUGAUGCUGAGUAUGAAGAUAUUGUUGAGGCCAGUGUUGAAGCACAGAAAAUCAAGAACCCAUUCCAGAACCUUCUCUUGAAAAAGAACAGGCCCCAGUUUGUGAUUGGUGCCUUGGCCAUUCCUGCAUUCCAGCAGCUUACUGGCAACAACUCCAUCCUCUUCUAUGCCCCUGUCAUUUUCCAGACUCUUGGCUUUGGCUCUGGUGCCUCCUUGUAUUCUUCUCUUAUCACAAGUGUUGCACUUGUUCUUGCCACUUUGAUCUCCAUGUUCUAUGUUGACAAGUUUGGCAGGAGAGCUUUCUUUUUGGAAGCUGGUGUUGAAAUGUUGUUGUGCAUGGUUGCUACAGCAGUUGUGUUGGCUCUAGAGUUUGGAAAAGGCAAAGAACUGUCAUUUGGAGUGAGUGUGUUCCUAGUGGUUGUUAUUUUCAUGUUUGUGUUGGCAUAUGGAAGGUCAUGGGGUCCUCUAGGGUGGUUGGUUCCUAGUGAGUUGUUCCCACUAGAGAUCAGGUCAGCAGCACAGAGUGUUGUGGUGUGUGUUAACAUGAUCUUCACAGCUCUUGUUGCGCAAUUGUUCCUCAUGUCACUUUGCCACCUUAAGUAUGGAAUCUUCUUGCUGUUUGCUGGCUUGAUUCUGGUGAUGAGUUGCUUUGUGUUCUUCUUGUUGCCGGAAACAAAACAAGUCCCUAUUGAGGAGAUUUAUCUUUUGUUUGAGACUCAUUGGUUCUGGAAGAAAGUGGUAGGUGACUCAAACAACCCACAGAGAACAAAUGGACAAGCAUAAGCAAAUCCUUGACCCUUGUAUGUGUGUGCCAAUGUAAAUGUAAUGUGAUUGAUUGAUAAAUGGGUGGAGCUAGCUGGCAUUGGAAUUGGAAGUGUAAUUAAGAAGAAUGAAAAAACAGCUUGCUAUAGCCGCUUUUGAUUAUUGGAAUUGGUUUUUUAUUCCUUUUUGUUUUAUACAAUUUUGUUUUAGUGAGGGAAAGCUCAAUCGAGCUGAAACAAAAGUGUAUAAAUGAUUAGUCGACGCUCUUUUGGACGUUGACAUACAUGAAUCAUGAAAGGUGUCAUCUUUUCUUUUGUUUUUUAA